CCCUCCCAUCGCUCCGCUUUGCCGACUCAGCUGCGAAGAUGCGGGCGGAUGGGCCGUGGAGUUGAGAACUGGUUUUGUGGUGGUGCCUUGAUUUGGCUGGUUUUGCUUUGUGUGGAAGGUGGUGCGAGUGAUGACCUAGUUGUGCGUCAAUCUCAUGGCAAGGGGGCGAAACGCCCCAAAGGUGCCCUUGCCGUGAGCCGUGACAUUGAACGACGAGUGGUUGAGGCGGGCGGCAACACAGAAGGUGUCAUGGUCGUGUCCUUGUCGUGGGCAUCAGCUGAUGACCUCGACUUGCACGUCGUGCUGCCAGGUGGAGAGGAGAUCAGCUACAAGCGAAAGAAGGCCGCUGGCGGUGAACUGGAUGUUGACAUGUGUGUUCAAGGCAGACAUAGUGGCAAAUGCGCCGAGCGACCGGUGGAAAACGUGGUCUUUGACUAUGAGCCACCAGCAGGGCGCUACAAGAUCUUUGUGCAGAACUUCAACUACCACCUCAACACCCUUCCAGAGAACAUGCAAGUGGCAAGGAUGCAGGAGGGAAUCAAGACUUCGAAAGAAGAGAGGGAGCUGCGCUUGAGUCAAAAUCGACCUGUCUUGUUUGACUUGCUUGUCAAGGUACAUGGAGUGAAGAAGCUCUUCGAAGGCUUGUGUACGCCGACGGGAAAAACACUCGCCUCCAGUGAUGUGCGGGUCAUUGAGUUUGACUACGAUCCGCAGGAGGAAAGCUUCACCACGGACUUCGAAGCUUCUCCAAGUCCUGAGUGUACACAGUACACCGAGAAGCUGAAACUGGCUGCCCCAGAGAAGCGCCGAUCCUUGCCUGGCAGAGAUGCCAAAGUGACCAGUGUGGAACAAAAGAACAGAGAUCGAGGUGGAAAAGGUGCAGGAAAGACAGAUGGAAAAGGCCGAGAUGCCAAGCGCAGCGCCGCCUUGCAGGCGACGACGGCGUUGGACGACGAUGGGACUCAAUGCCACCGUGGGAGGCAGUGAGAUCCGCCCCCGAAUCCCUGUCUUCAAAGCCAGUAUGGAGCUUGGGCCUGGAAGACACGGAGCAGCCAGUGAAUGUUCUUCUUUGUGGUUGCAAGUGUGUUUUUAAAAAAGAGACGGCCUGGUUUCAUCAGCAUGCCUUCCACUGCCGUAUACCGUAUACAUCCGUAUACCAUGCCUUACCGACUGUGCAACUGUUUUGAUUACAUUCUUGGCGCACGAUCAGAUCCGGGUGUUCAUUCGGGUUUACGGUCCGACUGUGCGCUGUGCUAGACGCUUAAAAGCGUCUUCGGUUUGGGGUGCAAGACUCGCUGUUCGGAGUCACUCUAGGCCUCCGCGCUGCGCUCGUUGCUGGCAGACCUGGGCACUGCCUGCAAGGGCUGCACCGAAAAAGGGGAUUUGGUCGAAAGGCUGCUCGAUGUGGCAGGUGUGCGGCAAGAACUGUAAAAAGAUGGUUUCUUCUGAUGUGUGUGGCUUCGCACACAACACCUUAUUUGGAUGAAUUGUUG